GGCCUCCGCACGUGCCAGCCUGCCAACAUUUAAAAGUGCGUCCAGACGAGCGAACGGUUUAUUUGGUACAAACUACGUUCUUGCUGCAGUCCGACCGGAAGAAAAGGUUAAAAUGCUGCCGGACGCCUUUGGCUGCUCAGUGGCCAACAGGUUCGGGAACCUUCUGGAUGACGAUGCCGACCCGUUCGACCUGAUCAGCGAAGCAGAAACCGAGAAGGAGAAGAAGAGGAGGCAGAAGAAGAGAGGAGGAAAAGAAAUGUAAACAGAAAAAAUCUGGACAGAAAGAGACCCAGAAGGACAGGCGUGUCCCCGUCCCCGUCUCCGUAGAAGACCCAAUUCCGGUGCGCAAGCAAGGGGCACACGGCAUACUGGCUGAGAGCAACAGCAGAGGAGUACAGAGGGGCAUGAGGAAGGCUGCUGUCGGACAGUAUAGGACCAACCAGGAUCAAGAGGACUACCCACAAGAGUCUGCUUUCUCAAAGACUUGGUUUAAUGCCACCUAUGACACCAGAAGUAGAGGGGGCACCAGAGCUGGGAGAGGACAAAGAGGUGGAGGAGCAGGAUACAACAGGAAUUCUGAAAACUUGAAUCUGAGGGGAAAGAGGGAAUAUGAUAGACACAGUGGAACUGGUGUUUCUCCAGAGGAGAAGAGAGGAGGAAGAGGACCCUGGAACUGGGGCUCUGUUGAGGACACUGCAGGGGAGUUGAUGGAGGUGCCUGAGGUGACAUCCAAUGCCCCAUACAAACCUGAAGAAUCCCAAUCACCAGUAGAUGCUCAGAUCCAAUCUCCAGAAGAGACUGAUACAGAGAUGCUUGUGCAUGUUGCCAUGGAAAUGACCCUAGAUGAGUGGAAAGCACUGCAGGAGUCAAGCCGCCCCAAGGCUGAGUUUAAUCUUCGCAAAGCAGAGAGCAAGAUUCCCUCAAAGGCCAGGGUCAUCCACCAGUCAAAGCGCAAAGAGAACCUGAAGGGAAAUCUGGAAGAGUUGGAAGAAGACGGCAGCUUCCUUCGGAGGUCUGUCAAUGACAUCACCUCCCUUAUGGAUAUCAAUUUUGGGAGUCUGGGACGCCCCAGCCGCGGGGGUCGAGGCAGAGGGGCACAAAGUGGUCUAACUGGACGAUUGGAGCGUGCCAAACCUAAAGUGGAGAUGGAGGGUCUGGCUCCAAACCCAGAUGACCCAGAGGAUUUCCCAGCAUUAACAGGAUGACUUCACUUUCCAUCAGUUACUUUUGCACAGUAAAGGGGGUGCACUUGCAUAUGGAGGUUACACUGUUUCUCUAUUGCAUUUUUGGGUUUUGUGAUGCCAGAUUGCAUUUAAUAUGAAGUCAUUGUUCCAACACAAAUGUAGGAAAAAUAAAUGCUUAUUCAAGUUU